CUUUUCAUAACCAUAAUUAGUCACGGCCAAAAUGGUGCCACCACUUAUCUUCCUUCUAUUUCUUACUCUUCCUCUGUCCUUAUUUUUCUUCUUCUUUCAAAAACAAAGAACACUUGUUAACAAGAACAAAGCCUUUCCACCAGGUCCUAGAGGCCUUCCAAUAAUUGGAAAUCUUCACCAAUUAAAUAAUUCUUCCCUUUAUCUUCAACUAUUUGAACUCUCAAAGAAAUAUGGCCCUAUAUUCUCCCUUCAGUUAGGUCUAAGGCCAGUAAUUGUUAUUUCAUCCCCUAAGUUGGCCAAGGAAGCAUUGAAAAACCAUGAUCGUGAAUUUGCUGGAAGACCAAACUUGAUUGCUCAACAAAAACUUUCCUAUAAUGGAUUGGAGAUGUUCUUUUCCCAAAACAAUGAUUAUUGGAGAGAGAUUAGAAAGUUAUGUGUUUCUCAUCUCCUUAGUGCUAAGCGUGUCUCAAGCUUUUCCUCAAUAAGAGAGUUUGAGGUCAGGCAAUUGAUCAAGAAAAUAUCAAGCCAUGCUUCAUCAGAAAAGGUGACAAAUUUGAAUGAGGUAUUAAUGGCUCUAACAAGCACUAUUAUAUGUAGGAUUGCCUUUGGGAGAAGGUAUGAAGAUGAAGGAGUUGAAAGGAGUAAGUUCCAUAGUUUGUUCAAUGAGUUCCAAGCCAUGUUGAUUACUCUCUUUGUUUCGGAUUAUAUACCUUUCUUGGGUUGGAUUGAUAGACUCAAAGGACUUCAUGCCCGUCUUGAUAGAAUUUUCAAGGAGUUGGAUGAGUUCUGCCAAGAAGUUAUUGAUGAACACAUGAAUCCUAAUAAAGACAUUUCAGAGGGAGAAGACAUUAUUGAUGUCUUGCUUCAAUUGAAGAAACAACAUUCAUUUUCCUUUGAUCUCACUUAUGAUCACAUCAAAGCAGUAUUAUCGGAUAUAAUUGUAGCAGCAACUGAUACAACUGCAGCCACAGCAGUUUGGGCUAUGACAGCACUAAUAAAAAAUCCAAGAGUAAUGAAGAAAGUUCAAGAAGAAAUUAAAAACUUUGGAGGUCAAAAAUAUUUCUUAAAAGAAGAAGAUAUUCAAAAGUGUAUCUAUUUUAAAGCUGUGAUGAAAGAAACAUUAAGAUUAUACCUACCAGGACCAUUACUUAUGCCAAAAGAAACAACUGAAAAGUGCACUAUAGAUGGCUACGAAAUUCCAGCUAAGACUAUAGUUUAUAUAAAUGCAUGGACUAUUCAUAGAGACUCUGAAGCAUGGGAAAAUCCAGAAGAGUUUUAUCCUGAGAGAUUCUUGGGAAGUUCAAUUGAUUUUAAGGGUCAAGAUUUUGAGCUAAUUCCAUUUGGUGCGGGUCGUAGAAUUUGCCCAGGUAUGCAUAUGGCACUUGUAGCACUUGACCUUAUCCUUGCUAAUCUUCUUUAUUCCUUUGAUUGGGAACUUCCCGAAGGGGUCAACAAUGAAGAUGUUGAUGUUGAAGCUUUGCCAGGGUUGGCUCAACAUAAGAAGAAUCCUCUUUACCUUAUUGCCAAAACUAAGAAGGAAUAAUGGUAUCUCACUACAUCACCAGUUCAAUUUUGGAGGCUUUUGCGGCCGUUUAUAACCGUCAUUAAAUUAUUUAGUGGCGCUAGGUGUAACACCGCCAUUUGAAAUGCAGCAAAACGGGUUUGAGGCAAUUUCUAGCAAUAACCGCCAUUUAGAGUUUAAUUUGUUUGCACUAGUAACCUUAUUCGAUUAAAGAGAUUAUUAUUACACUUAUGUCAUUUUCUUUUUCUUUUUCAUUUUUAUUUGAAAGGAGUUUUAU